CGCCGGGGUUUCCUCCGGGGCCGACGCCGCCGGGGUUCCCCGCGGUGCCGUCGCCCGAGGAGGUGCCGGCCACGGCCCAGCCGCCCGAGGAGAUGCCGGGCACGGCGCGGCCGCCGCAGGAGAUGCCAGGCAUCGACAUGCCGCCGGAGUUCAACGCGCCCCCGGGCGUGGACGUGCCGAUGCCUGGCGCGCCGGUGCCGGGCACGCCUCCCAGCCCGGAGCAGCCGGGGCCGUUCGUGCCAUCGCCGCCGAGGCCGGAGAUCCCGGCCGUGCCGCCGAACCCCGACGUGAUCCCGACGCCGCCGCCGGAGGUGGACCCACCGCGCACCCCGCCCGAGGUGGUGCCUCCGCAGCCGUCCGACGUCCCGCCUCCCUUCGUGUGAGUAAGCGCGCGCAGGGCCGCCGGCCACGACGGUGACCGAGAUCCGCUGUAAAAUAGCGUAGUAGUACUACUAUGUGUAGCUUCCAGCUGCUUCAAAUAAAGAGGAUCGGCCGCGGCUCCCUGUUCCGGUGUAACAUUUUGCCACCCAUGAUAAGCACGAAUUUUGUCA